AUGUCGAGCAACGGGUCAGAGUACGACCCUUCGUCGUCGUCGUCGUCGUCGGAGGGAGAAGAGGGCCACAGGGAGGGCAUCGUCGCCUCCAGGCUGCUGUUGUCGUCGGGGGACGACAGCAAUGACGAGCCCCCCUCCCUUUCCCCCUCCGGGUCCUCUGCUGGCCCCCCUUCCCCCCAGCGCAUGAUUGUUACCUUGCGCUUCAACAACAACAACAACAACAGCAGCAGCAGCAGUAGUGGCAGCAACAGCAACAACAACAACAACAACAACAACAACACCACCACGCUGGACACGAUGAACCAGCAACAGCUACAGCAGCAGAACAACGGCCGCGCUGGCCUUCUCAGAAACCAGCAGCGUGGCCUAAACGGUGCAAUCGUCACGCACCCGGUCGGCACCUGCUUUUCCAACCGAACCGAGGACUGGCCUCGCAACUCCUACCACGCCUUGGAGGAGUACAUGGAGAAUGGUGGUCCGCACCAGGAUGUGGACAAGACUUACCUUGCAGGAGUUCAGCACGGUAUCGGCAUGGGAAUCGCCGCCCACAAGAACUCUCAGAUGAGAGAAUACGAGACUACGGGCAAGCUCUGGUCUCUUCCCAUCAAGUUUGAACAUCCGGGCACCAGAGAGGACCACAUCCGCCACAUUAAUGACAGUGAUGCCAUGGAGUUGCUCGCCAGCAUGGAAGCUGGCAACUCAUUCAUUCGACUUCGCGCCCAGAUCGAGGCAGACGCAGCAAAUGUCAGUGAUUCUGACGGAGAGGAUGAGAUCGAGUCACACGAUGGUACUAGAGUCAGUGUCGCCGACACUGUCCCCCACUUUGCCCGUAGCGACGUCUUCAACGCCGGAUUCCCUUCUCUCAACCCCACCGGCCCAGGCGCGAACCAGAACCCGUCUGCCUACGACCCCCGAACUGGACCCCCAGAGGGUCGAAUCCCUGGCUCUGUCUCCUGGACUUACUACAAUAGCGGCUACUCUGGUCUCGAACCUCCCGAGGCUUUCCUCAUGAACGAGGGUGGUGUUUGCCAGUACGGCAGAAACCCCUACAACCCUCCCCAGACCCAAGAUCUUCAAGCCAGUCACCAGAUGGGUCAGCAAAGCGCCCAGGGAUUUCAGCACAUUCCACAGAACGCUCAAUACAUUCCCCAGAACACUCAGUACAUUCCCCAGAACACUCAGUACAUUCCCCAGAGCGCUCAGAACAUACCCCAGAACGCUCAAAACAUACCCCAGAACCCCUCGCUGCAGGCUCAGCAGAACAUUCACCGCACUCAGCAGCCUGUCGGUCGACAGAAUGCUCAGCUGGGUCUUCAGCAAGGUCAACUGCCCGCCCAGCACCGACCUCAGACUUACUUUCACCAAGUUCCGCAGCAGACUCAGCCCAACGUCCAGCAGCGACCUCAGCAGUCACGCCAGCAAAACCCCCAGCAGAACCCCCAGCAGAUUCAGCAACAAGUUCAGCAGGCACGCCAACAGACUCCCCAGCAAGCCCAGCAGCAGGUUCCGAAGCGAGUUCAAAACACCGCUCAGCAAUCCGAGGCCGCCAAGGAGCAGGCCGGCACUGCUGCCAACACCCGUUCCCGCAAGAGAAACCGAACUCAAAGUGAGCAAGGCAAUCCCCAGAACUCCGACCAGAAGAAGAAGCACAAGUAG